GUCGUCCAGGCUAGAUGGCAACAGCUGUCGAAGCCGAUAUCUAUUUUCAGUACGCAACCACCCCAUCAGAUUACGUCGAGAAUCGAACUAACUUCCCCAGCGGAGCCAGUGUUAUAACUAAAUGCUAGCGGGCCCUUGCGCCAUAUUGACGUCGUUGUCCUUAUAGACAGAACAAAUUUUAACGUUAUUUGAUGCUGUGAAACGGGCGGAAACUUUUUAAUUUCGGCGUCGUCUUGUACGCGGAUGCCAAUCGAAAGCAUCGAACGGUUUUUCACGUGGUGACACAAGACAGAGACCUGCUGCUGACAUAACCCGUACAAACGGAGAAAAUCCACGACGUGACGAUGCCUGUCCGUAAGCAAGGUGAAGCUCACAGGGCACUAGAAUUAUUAGAAGAUUAUCAUUCUAAACUGACGAAGCCUCAAGAUAAACAGCUCAGACUAGCGAUAGAAAGAGUUAUCAGGAUAUUCAAAUCUCGGCUAUUUCAAGCACUCUUAGAUAUUCAAGAAUUUUACGAGCUUACCCUGUUGGAUGAAACGAAAUCUAUCCAACAAAAGACGGCCGAAACUAUUCGAAUAGCCAACAAAUGGGAAUCCGACGAUGGACCCAUGGCUCCGUCCUACAUUAGUAACAAUAAGAGUCAGUAUACGGUUGAGGACGAUUUACCUCCUCCCCUGUCCCCCCCUUUAAUCCACGAUACCCCAUCUCGAACCGCUGUCACCAGAAAAAGCUCAAUCGAAAAGAAUAGUUACGAGCCGAAGAAAAUCACCGCAACAGCUGCACCAGACACAACUUCUUUACAUAGCGCACGUGGUGGAUCACCAAAACUGGGUGUGGAUAGUUGGCAGGACAACGGCAGAGAUCAUGCUCAUUCCCCAGUUCUGGGUUCAGGAGAUGGAAAACAUGUCAACGGCGAUGACGAGUGGGAAUAUGAGGAGAUUAUCCUCGAAAGGGGUGGCGCGGGUUUGGGCUUUAGUAUCGCCGGCGGCACGGACAAUCCCCAUGUCGGCGACGACAGCGCUAUCUACAUCACAAAACUCAUACCGGGGGGUGCGGCUGCCGCCGACGGCCGUUUACAGGUCAACGACGCAAUCCUGCAGGUGAACGACGUGGUUGUUGUAAAUGUUCCUCAUGCUGUGGCGGUCGAAGCCCUUAAGAAAGCCGGAAAUACCGUUAAAUUGCAAGUUCGGCGCCGAAGAAGAUCAGGUCGAGCGACACGACUUAUGGAAAUCGACCUGGUUAAGGGCAACAAGGGUCUCGGUUUUAGUAUCGCAGGAGGCAUUGGCAAUCAGCACAUCCCCGGCGAUAAUGGUAUUUACGUUACCAAGGUGAUGGACGGCGGUGCUGCACAAGUUGACGGCCGUUUACUUGUUGGUGACAAGCUGGUCGCUGUCAAAGAUCCCAUGGGUAACGAAGUGAAUUUGGAGAACGUAACCCAUGAAGAUGCCGUGGCCACCCUCAAAGCGACCCAAGAAAGAGUGAUACUUGUUGUUGCCAAGCCGGAGAGUGCCUUUAGUGUUCCUUCAUCGAAUGCUUCUCAUUCGCCGCAACUACUUUUAGAUAAGAUAUGGUCGCGUCCAGCUGGCGCACUAUUUUUCUUUGAUUCUGAGGUUCCUAAUAAUUACCCAGAAUCAACACAUUCUUCAACCCUGGCCCUUCACAGACCCUCAACUCCAAGUGCAAUCAGUCAGUCGGCUAUUAGUCACGAAGACAUCACAAGGGAAGUGCGAACGGUCACCCUUCAAAAGGGCGGCCAGGGUCUGGGUUUCAAUAUCGUCGGCGGCGAAGAUGGAGAAGGAAUCUUUAUUUCGUUCAUUUUGGCUGGGGGACCCGCGGACGUUAGCGGGGAGCUGAGGAGGGGCGACCAAAUUCUCAGCGUGAAUGGCGUCAACUUGAGGAGUGCCACACAUGAGGAAGCCGCGGCAGCCCUCAAGGGAACCAACCAAACUGUGACUCUAGUGGUUCAGUACCGGCCGGAAGAGUACAAUAGAUUCGAGGCAAAAAUCCAUGACUUGAAACAGCAAAUGUCUCAGCAAUCCAUGACAGGCACAUUACUGAGGACGUCACAGAAACGGUCACUUUAUGUAAGGGCGCUUUUCGACUACGAUCCCAUCAAAGAUGACGGCCUACCUAGCCGGGGUUUGGCGUUCCAUUACGGUGACAUUUUACACGUUACAAACGCCAGCGACGAUGAAUGGUGGCAGGCAAAAAGAGUACUGAACACGGGCGAUGAACAAGGGAUGGGCAUAGUGCCGUCGAAACGUCGCUGGGAGAGGAAGCAACGGGCGCGUGACAGAUCCGUUAAGUUCCAAGGACAUGUACCCAACGCCAUCGACAAGCAAUCGACUUUGGACAGAAAGAAAAAGAAUUUCUCGUUCAGUCGAAAGUUCCCAUUCAUGAAAAGCAAAGACGAUAAGUCUGAAGAUGGAUCUGAUCAAGAGCACUCCCGUGCUACCACCCCUAAUCCCGACAAAGAUAGUGACCCUGCUCCGUUUAUGCUGUGCUACACGCAGGAAGAUGCCGCAUCCGAAGGUGAAAUAUUAUAUCGAGUUGAGCUCCCGUACAUGGAAGAGAUUACGUUAAUUUACUUGGAGAAUAACGACGAUAGUAAUGAGGAAAAUGUACUAUCAUACGAACCCGUUCAGCAGAUGGAGAUCACUUAUACAAGGCCGGUGAUCGUUUUGGGUCCUCUCAAAGACCGCAUCAACGACGAUCUUAUUUCGGAAUUUCCCGAUAAAUUUGGAAGCUGCGUACCACAUACCACCCGGCCAAAAAGGGAAUAUGAAGUCGACGGUCGAGACUACCACUUCGUUUCUUCUCGAGAGCAAAUGGAGAAAGAUAUCCAAAAUCACCUGUUCAUCGAAGCAGGGCAGUAUAACGACAAUUUGUAUGGAACGUCGGUGGCGUCUGUUCGAGAGGUAGCCGAAAAGGGAAAGCACUGCAUCUUAGAUGUAAGUGGAAAUGCCAUUAAAAGGCUACAAGUGGCUCAACUAUAUCCAAUUGCGAUUUUCAUAAAGCCAAAAUCUGUGGAAUCCAUUAUGGAAAUGAAUAAGAGAAUGACUGAGGAACAAGCUAAGAAAACUUACGAGAGAGCACUAAAAAUGGAGCAAGAGUUUGGGGAAUAUUUCACAGCGGUCGUACAAGGCGACACACCUGAAGAAAUUUAUGGGAAAGUAAAAGAGGUGAUCGAGGAACAAUCUGGACCAACGAUAUGGGUUCCAGCAAAGGAACAACUAUGACGGCCGGUGUCACCUGUAUGGACAGUACCGACGCGCUCUUCCUCUAUCUCCCAUCAUCACCUACAUUGAAUUGAGAGGAGAGAUCGAGGGCCACCCCCGUUUCCGACUAAAAGACAUCUUCGGCAGCAUUAUUAAGUACAUAAAGAAAGGACACAGUUGGUGAUGCCGCUCCAUCAUCAUUUUGUAGUAAAGAAAAAAAAAUGAAAAUGCUUGUUACGUACGACCAAGUCAUCGUUUUCGUCGUUGUUGUUAUUAUUAUUAUUAUUAUUGUCGUUGCCUCCUCAGCCAGUUGCCGAACUGUGUUCCUCCAAAUAUAGUCCCCAACCCCCUUUCGACCCGUCUGAAUGAGCCACAAUUGAACAGGAAAUAAUAAUAAUAUAAUAUAAAGAAUUGUUGACUUCUCUAGCGUCGUGAUGUUUUUUUGUAAGUUUGUUUUUGACGAAUAAUUGAUUAUGAAAAAAUAGCACGAAUUGUCGCAGACUACGUGACUCGAGUUAAAUAGGAUAUUGAAAAGAAUUAUAUACUUAAACGUAUUGUGUAGGUAAUUUUAAUGAUGCAAAAAAUGAUAAAUAAUUAAAUGAAAAAAAACCUUUUCAGCUUAGGACUCUUCGUAACGUUGUAAAUAUACACAGUUACUUAUUA